AUGACCACCAGUCACAGCAGCAGCAGCAGCCUCUCAACCCGAGUCUCCCUCCGCUGGCUCCCCGACCCCGCCUUCGAAAACACCGACACCAUUGUCCUGUCUCUAAUGGGCUGGUACGUGGAUCUCCGCGUCGACAAAUCCUCUGGUAAAAUCGACUGGGCGAUCGCCGGCCAACGCAUCGUAGAAAGCCAGGACCCACUGCGAGUGCUUUUCACACACGCCAUCGACUCGCAUAGUGCGUUUGAUGCUGUGGAUUGCGGGAACUUUACUGCGCUGCCGAACGGGGAUGACCUUGAAACGGGGUCGAUGCCGCGUUGGGAUCUUCCUGGUGCGCCUGUUAGGGAGUACGAGGAGGUGUGGCGGGAGUUGCCCUUCAGAGAGGGUCCUGAGGGUCUAGGGAGGGGGGUUUCAUGGGUAUUGGAGGCGAAGGGGGAGGGUCAGGAUGGGAGUACGGUGAUUCGGAUGUUCAUUGCGAGGAUUUGGGGGACUUAUGUUGCGCUGCGCCAGGAGCAGACGCACGUUGAAGACGGGAAAGCCGUGGUCAAGCGCGGAGGGGUGGUCACCGCUAGACGGGAGGAGUGGGACUCCACUUCUGGGUGGAAGACGAAGUACAUCCUCGGCCCGGAUGUCGACAAACUACCCUCUAUGACGACCAUUGGCACCGAAGACGGGGAUUGGAGCGUCGGCAGUGAAGUGGUGCUGAGCAGCCAACAAUACAUUGUACGAGCGUUUGAAAGAAUUGAACAAGAGUGA